UGCCCGAAGGUCUUCGCUGGAGAGGAGCGGGAGAACAUGGCGGUGGUGAGAAUGAGAGUAGAGACAGUAGCGGCAAUCUGCGCUCUUGUCGGAUCGCUCGUCUUCCUCAACUCCCUGGGUCUUCAGCUUUGUUUUGACGAUACCGCCGCCGUCAAGGACAAUGCGGACCUGAGACCAAACGUAUCGUGGUUCAACUUGCUCCGUAACGACUUCUGGGGCACAGAAAUAUCGCACAGAGAUAGUCACAAGUCGUAUCGGCCUCUGACGGUGGCCACUUUUCGGCUGAACUACAUGCUGCACGAGUUGGAGCCGCUGGGCUACCACUUGGUGAACGUGCUCCUGCACAGUGCAGUGGUCUACCUGUACGUACUGCUGUGUGGUGUGGUCUUCAGUGAAGUGUGGCCGGCACUGAUAGCUGGACUACUGUUUGCAGUCCACCCCAUACACACUGAGGCGGUAUCAGGAGUGGUAGGACGAGCAGAUGUUUUGUCUUGCCUUUUCUUUAUCGGUUCCAUACUUACCUACAAAAAGAGCUUAUCAACUAAAAAUUCAGCUCUCUUCAUGAUGUGUACACUGUUGUUGGCAGUGUGUUCUGCUCUGAGUAAAGAGAUAGGAAUCACCGUGGUUGCAAUGUGCCCCAUCUAUGAGGUUCUGAUUCACAGAAAGAUGAAUUUGAGAAAUAUCUUGAGGAUUAUUUUAGGCAUGCGAAGGAGAAAUAAACCGUCAAUUGAAGCUGAAAAUCGUUGGUUAAAGAGUCUUUUAUUUCGUACAGCAGUUAUUGGUAGUUUCGCUCUCACAUUUCUGUACUUGCGAUUAAAGCUCAACAAAACUCCGCCAAUUUUCUCAGGUAAGCUGAACAGAGUUUUUAAAGUGAAAAUUGUUUACCUGCUGUAGUUAGUAACAAUCCGGCGAUGAAAUUCCCGACUCCGUUUCGUCAGCUCCACUGGAGCUACUUGUGUGUGUACAAUGUGUGGCUGCUACUGAGUCCCUCCCAGUUGUGUGCCGAGUAUGCCAUGGGCACCAUCCCCCCCGUUGCCUCCCUCUCUGACCCCCGCAACCUCCUGACUCUGGCCACCUUUGCCGGCCUCCUCUCCCUCUCCUGCUACUCUGCCAGCUACAGCCACAGCCACCACAGGAAGAUCAUGUUUGGACUCUGUCUCACUGUCCUCCCCUUCCUCCCAGCCUCCAACCUCUUCUUCCCCGUCGGCUUUGUCAUAGCUGAGAGAGUCCUCUACAUCCCUAGUAUGGGCUUCUGUCUCCUGGUCUCUUACGGCUUCCACCUACUUGUAUCCAACUCGAAACGAUUUUCGCCGUUUUUCAAAUCCGUGAUCGUUUUUCUUCUCCUUGUCCAUGGAAUAAAGACGGUAGUACGAACAAGAGACUGGCAGGAUAACUUUAGCCUCUACAGCUCAGCGUCAGGACGUACUCUGGAAAUGCUAAGAUGUGGAGUAACCUCGCCGUAGAGGCGAAUGAGAGGGAAGACAGCGACAGUUCUGAGGUGUUUUUCAAGAGAGCUAUCGCCACCGAGCCAAACUUUACCACUGGCUACAUGAACCUGGGAUACUUUUACAAGGAAGAGAAUAGGACUCAAGAUGCUAUAGAGAUCUACAGAAUGGCUGCGGAUCUAAUCACGGUCGGCCUUGCAGACGAAAACUCUGCCAUAAACGUCUCCCCAAAAGACGUCAAGGUGUACACAGCUCUAGCCAACAUGCUGAGGGAGUAUCCGGAGAGCUACGAAGAGGCUUACGAACUGACAAAGAAAGCAGUGAAGCAGGAGCCAAAUUGGGAAGAGUCCCACAAUAUGAUGGGAAAUUGUCUUGUGAAGCUGGGGAGAUUUAGUGAGGCCAGGGACGCCUUCAAGAAAUCGGUGAAACUGAAUCCAGACUUUGCCAUAGGCCACUCUAAUCUAGGCCACGCCCACCAGGAGCUGAGCGAGACAGCUGAGGCAGAGAGUCACUACAGACAGGCCCUGAGGCUAGACGGAAACCACACCCUCACCAAAUUCAGACUCGCCAAACUCAUCAGCGACACACCUCCAAAGAGUAUGCAUAGACUUGAGGAGGCCGAUGUUCUACUGUCUGAGGUACUGGAGACGGAUCCGGAGAAUGGGAAUGCGACAUUCUGCCGCGGCCUGGUUCAGUACGACCUCCACAACUACACCAUGACCGAGGAGCUGUUUCUUCUCACUCUCAAUUUCACUACCAAUCACUCAGGGGCUCUCUAUAAUCUCGGGGUCCUCUACACAGAGUUGAACCGUCUGUCGGAGUGUGUGAAGAUUCUGGAGCAGCUCCGAGAGAGUGACCACGCCCACCUGCUAGGCCACACCCAGCUGGGGACGUGUCUAAUGAAGAUGAAAGACUACGCCAGAGCGAGAGAGGUCUUCACCAGUGUUCUGGAGGUUGACCCCGACCAUCUCAUGGCCCUACAGAACUAUGGUAUAAUGCUGAUUGAACUGCGAGAGAAUCGCGAAGCUCUGGAGAUAUUCACGCAACUUUCUCGCCUCGAUCCAAGCGACGUGGCGUUCGUGCGACAGGCAGAACUGCUGCAUCAGCACAUCCAGAAACGGUCACAACGGAAGUUUUACACUGAUGGAUCAACACAGGAUUGAUAUAUACAACAAAGUUUUUUAGAUUUCACAAAAAUUUGUGAAAAUGACACAAACAAUGGUAAGGA